AUGUCGCUCACGCAAUUCAAAAAGGAAGCGAAUUGGUUCAUGCUUUACUAUCUGUCGGUCGUACAUAUUGGUGCUUUCGAAGGCCUUCGUCGUCUCUUCAUGUGUAAAUGGGAAACGUACCCACUUUUUGUCAUCAUUUAUUACUUUACGGGACUUGGCAUUACGAUGGGCGCCCACCGUUUGUGGGCACACCGCAGUUACAAAGCGCAUGGUCUCUUGCGUUUCUUUCUCAUGCUCUGCAAUUGUCUGGCAAAUCAAGGUACGAUCUUUCAUUGGUGUCGAGACCAUCGUGUACACCACAAAUACUCGGACACAAGAGCUGACCCGCAUGAUUCGGGUCGAGGAUUCUUUUUUUCCCAUAUGGGUUGGUUGUUGGUCAAGAAAGACCCACAAGUUCUCGAAGCUGGUACUAAACUCAAUUAUGACGAUCUGUGGGCUGAUUGGACUGUCGUGAUGCAAGAGAAACUCAAUCCAUGGGGUCAAUUGUUCAUGUGUUUUGUUUUCCCUACGAUAGUCGGUGUCCAACUCGUUGGUGAAGACUGGAAAAACGCAUUAUUUAUCCUCGGAUUUCUACGCUAUGUGACUGUAUUACAUGCGACAUGGCUCGUGAAUAGCGCCGCUCAUUUCUAUGGCUACCAAAUUUACGAUAACAUUCCACCACGUGAAAAUUGGUUUGUAUCACUCUGGGCCAUGGGCGAGGGCUGGCACAAUUGGCACCACAAGUUUCCGUACGACUACGCAACGAGUGAGUUUGGUGUCACAUCGCAAUUUAAUCCAACAAAGCUCACUAUCGACUUGCUUGCUACAUUGGGUCUUGUGACUGACCGCAAGCGCGCUACUGAGAUCUGGUUAAAGAUAAAAGGUUCGAAGGGUCAAAGCGCGAAAGUUCAGGACCCAAAAGGUGACAAUCCGAUAUCAGCCUUCUCUCAACUUAAGGCCAAAGCUAAUUAA